CUGGAGUGAAAGCCAGGUGUUGGGCAUCUGGGUCUGGAUUGCAAGGACUGUGGUUGCCAAAGCUUCCGUCGGCCGUGGUAAUCUGGCUGGAACGAAGGAGAGGACUCUGUGGUCCAUAGAGAGUCGAUUUUAAAUUAAGUCAGUCAGGGGGAGAGUCUAAGUGGCGAGGAGUGGAACCGUUACUUGGUUGUGCAUCCAUCACCAUGGUUGACACGCGUACCGGAAAGAGCACCUCCCCGUAUACAGCAGAAGAGGAGGCAAAGGCCGCCGCCAUCCUCAAAGAGAGAAGAGAGAAGAAGAAGGCCAAGAAGAAGGCCCUGAUGGAGGAGCAGGCGGCGAAGAUGAAGAAGAUUGAGGAGGAGAUGGCCAGAGAGAAAGAGAGGUUGAAGAAAGAAGAAGAGGAGAAGUUAAAAGCGGUAAAAGAGGAGGAAGAGAUAGAAGAAGCGCCACUGGAAAGGAGAAGAAGGGAACAAAGAGGGGAAUCCAGUGGAACAAGAGAUGACCAAUUGGCGAAGAAGAUCAAAGAGUGGGUUGCAAAUUUAUCCCUGGGAGAAGAAGAAGAAGCGUUAGUGUAUGUACCCAGGGAAGAGCAGGAGGCGGCCGUGAAGGAGUGGGAGGCAGAAGAAGACCCCCUCAAGCGGCAGGCCUUGGAGGAUGAGACGAGGAUGGAGUGGAAGCUACGGCUCAUGAGGGAGAGAAAAAGGAGAAUGGAGGCAGUGAGUCAGGCAGCAAAGGAGUUGGAGGAGGCCCAGGAAGAGCAAUAUCAGUUUAUUAGAAGUCAGCACAUUGCCCUGCGCUCGAUACGGCUGGGAUUCCGGGAGUGCGCAAGGGAAUUAGUGAUGCAGGUGGGCUCAGAAGUGAAGGCCCGCCUGGAGAGCACGGAGCGUUAUUGCACUGGCGCCAUAGAGGGCGCCAGGCUGGCCGCACCAAAGGGGGAAGAAGCACGCCCUCGUAGAGAGCCUGUUAAAGUCAAGUUCCCCGAUUCCUACAGCGGGAAGAAGGAGGAGAACUUCAACAAUUGGGAGGCCAACGUUAAAACGUAUGUGCGCUUACAGAACGUAGCUCCCGAUGAACAUGUCCUGAUAGCCAUUCAUGCUCUUAGGGAGGAAGCAGCAAGCUUCGCCCGUUCCCUGUGUCGCGCCACCAACUGUAAUGAUGAUUUGGUGGCCUACUCCGCGUUCACUCCCCUCGGUGACUUCCUUAAGUUGCUGAGAGAACGGUUUGCAGACGUCACCCAUAGUGUCAAAGCUUCAGACAAGCUGCAAACCAUCCAUUCUCGUCAAUGGAGGAGUGCGAGGGCACUCAAGGGCGUUAUGGACGAGUUGGUCGCCGUUCCUGACCAUGGGGUCACUGAGACCCAGCUGGUCAACCUCUUUUACCGCGCUAUGCUCGAGCAGUUACGCGGGGAUUUCUUUGAAAAGAGCCAGCAACCUACCAUGACCUACGAUGCACUCAGCAGGGAAGUGGUAGCGUUCGAAGCACGGUCUGCGCCAGUUUCCACUUUUUGGCACAAGGGCCUGGAUAAGGGCAAAAAGUGGAAGGGUCGCACUAUCUCGGGGCAGAUCAAGACCAAGGAUCGUCUGCUCCUUACGUUAGAUGAGGGUAGUGUGGAGGAAGUCCCCUACGAGCAGAUUGAGUGGGGGCUGGAGGAGGAGGACAGUAGUGACAGUCAGGGGAGGACUUACGCAGCUGGCACCAGGGCACUGCCACGACGCAGUGCCAGGCUUGCAGUUCGUGCCCGCUCUGUGGUACCUCCACGAACCAAGGCUCAGCAACAGCGACUCAGCAAGCGGAAGACUCCAGCGGCAUCGAGUACAGCAAUGACAGUACCGGUUACCACCGGGGUUCUUCCCGCAUGCCGGGUCCAAGGGGCCAGUGAGCCAUUGGCGACUUACCUUCAGCGGGUUCAGGCAUUCACGGAUGCCGUAGCUACCGCAAAGGCACAGCAGGAGGCAGCAGUGGCGGAACGUCAGCGGCUGGCCAGUGAGGCGGCAGCCCAAGCUCAGCGGACUGCUGAGGCCGACGCCGUGGUGCGAGACAAGCGGAACGCCAUUAGCAUGGAGUCCUUGACUGUGAAUGAGAGUCAGUGGACGACAUUGCUCCAAGGCAUGUUGUUUGUGCCUUCGGAUACACAGGCGGAUCCGACACCGGCGGAGGAAGAAAGGAGCAACCUGGCUAACCUGAUGUUGAAUAUGAUGCGAGCGGUCAUGUUGACCAAUACGAUGCUAAUGGUGCAAAUACACGAGGGCAGACAGCUGCGACAGAUUCAGCAGAAUGAUUCUGCAGCCUUAACAGCUGCUGUUCGCGCUGCCGCCACACAUCAGCAACAACAGCAACAGCUGUUGAGCACCACCACCGCACGCGUCAACAACAUCAAGGCUAAGGCCUCAGCAGCGCCAGGCUGCACGACAGACGCGACGAAGCAGCUCAACGAGCGCAUCGAUCACGUCGUCACUAUCAUUGGCGAACUAGGUUUCCUCACGGAAGCAUCGUGCCGCACUGUCCCGGCUGACGACAUGAUGAAGGCGCUCUACCUGCAACUGAUUGGAGGAGCGCAGGCAUGGAUGAACCAUCUGGCGGCUACCAAGAAAUGCACCAUCGCCGAACUCCACACGCACAUCACGUGGGCGGAGUUCGAGAAGCUAUGGUUCACUCGAUUCAUGGUCCGCAACGUCGUGAAGGCGGCCAUGAACGAGGUGUACUCAAGCUCUCAAGGAAGCAUGCCAACUCGAGACUGGACAAUCAAGUGGCAAAAGAUAGUGACCACGCCAGGCUUCGAUUUGAGUUUUCCUAACCAACGAUCCGAGUUCUUCUCGCGAUCGUGCGCAGGACUGCGAACCGCACUCGGCAACGAGUACGAUUACGCCUCAUUCCAGGCCAUCCUGGAUCGUGCGAACUUGGUCAUCCAAACGGAUGACAAGGCCGCAAACGAACGGCAGUCCCAGCCGCAUUAUGUGGCUAAGCUGGGCUAUCAACGACUGACACAUAACAAUGCCGUGAUUUAUGAAGAAACCGUUGAUCUCCACGCUGCAGCAGCAUCCUCGAGUGAUGGAGGAAUUGUUGCAGCGCUCCCGCCGAAGCGUCCCAAGAGAGUUCGGAAGAACAAGGCGACACAAGAGACGGCAUCAACGGGAACUGGGCAGCAGCCAUGGACGGCAUACAAGAUAACCAAGGAAAUCUAUGACCUUCGUCAAAAGUACGGAUAUUGCCUUUGGUGCAAUGGAGUCACUCACUUGACCGCACAAUGCCUCGAAAAGGGCAAGGCACGAUGUCACGAGGACGGUUGGCAUCCGGUCGAGUAUUUCUCCCAAAAGGUGCCUCUCAGUCUCGACGACGCUAGGAAGAAAGAGCUACUCGCGUUCGUCACCGUUCUCAAACGGUGGCGCCACUUUCUUCUCGGUCGUCGGCGUUUUAAAUGGAAUACGGACAACAAUCCGUUGACCUUUUAUAAAACGCAGGAUACGGUCACUAGCACGAUCGAUCGAUGGAUGUAUUACAUCGACCAGUUCGACUUUGACCCGUGCCACAUUCCCGGUCCCGCCAAUCGAGCUGCGGACGCCCUCUCACGACGGCCCGACUUUUGUGCCAUUGUGACCACGGCAUUCGACCUCGAUGACGACCUGCAGCCGCAUUUCGUCAAAGGUUACAAGUCCGAUCCGACUUACUCGACGCUUUACGCGGAGCUCUCAUUGGAUCACCCGCCGGCUAGCCAUUAUCGGAUUUCCGACGGGUUCCUUCUCCUUCACACGAGAGGAAAGGACUUGCUAGUUGUGCCCCAAGAUCGCAUCUUACGGAUUCGUCUUCUCGGCGAAUUCCACGACGCACGACUUUCGGCACACCUUGGCGUGAACCGCACACUAGCACGCCUCCGCCAGCGUUUUCACUGGCCCGACGUCCUUCAUGACGUCACGAGGUACAUUGAGUCAUGUGCAGUUUGCCACCAUAACAAGGGUCGAUCUCGAGUCCCCUUCGGCGAACUGAAACCGUUGCCGAUUCCUCGGGCACCGCGCCUCUCCAUUGCUAUGGACAUGACAGGCCCGUUCCCCCGCGAUCGUCAUGGCCAUGACGGUAUUCUCACGGUGGUUGACCGUUUGAGCAAGUAUGCUCGCUUCCUUCCUUGCAAGUAUCAUGCUGCAAAGCCGGAGCUCGCACGACUCUUGCACACCGGUUGGAUUACCAACCAGGGUGUUCCGGAAGACAUAGUGAGCGACCGAGAUACUCGCUUCAUGUCGGCCUUUUGGACUUCCCUCAUGGCUGAGUCCGGUACGACAACGAAGCCGAGCUCGGCUCGGCACCCGCAGACGGAUGGCCAGACGGAGCGAGGGCAUCAGACCGCUCAGAUGAUGUUGCGUACGCUCAUCCGUCCCGACCAGAAAGAUUGGGUUGACCGACUUCCCGACAUCGAAUUCGCCUAUAACACUUCGGUGCACCCGGAGAUCUGCGUCACACCAUUCAAGCUACAUCAUGGUGGAGAGAAAGCAAUGAUCUUCGCUGAUCUCCUUUUGCCACAGGCUGCCGACAUAGACGUCCCUUGCUCUCCCGCUUCCGUUCGGAAGUACCGGGACUUGCUGAUCAAAGCCCGCGCGAAUAUGCAAAAGGCUCAAAUCCGCAUGCAGCAGCAAGCUAACCGACGUCGACUUCCAUGUCCUUUCCGCGAGGGAGACCUUGUUUGGGUCCUCUCCGAGGAAUUUGCGCUCGAGCAGGACGUUUCGCGCAAACUCCUUCCGAAAUGGUUUGGACCAUGGGAAGUCACUUCUGCCGUUGGAGACGACCCCGCAGGUCCUUCCUUUGUGGUCAACAUUCCUCCGCAUCUUACAGUGCACCGGAUCUUCCACACGUCGAAGCUGGCCAUCAACACGCCACCUUCCGCCGACGAGUUCCCCGACCGUCGAUCACAGGAUCCGCCUUCUAUGGACGGACAUCAGGAAGUGGACCGAGUCAUCACGCACCGCAAGUAUGGCAACAAGCAAAUGCAGUUCAAAGUCACAUUCAAGCAAUGUGCGCCUGACGACACUUGGUGGAUCUCUAGUGCAGACUUGCAGACUUCUGCACCCCUUAUCUUCGCCGACUAUGAGAAGCGACGCCUUGCCAAGGAAGCAGCUCCCGGAUCUCAACUUCCAGCGCUUCUGCGUCGCUUUUCCUUUACCGAGAAUGCCUCUUAUUCAUUCUCUGGCCCGUUGGGAACAAAAUCAGCACAUGGAGGCCCUACCGCAGAUGACAACUUUCUGCAGAAGUUCCUGAGCGGGAUGGGGCGAUCUGCAAGUGGUACCAUUCUUCAGCCUUUAAGUCCAAAUUGGGCAAACCUGAGCCAUGCCCAGGGCCACACCCAUGAGCGACCAUGGUCAGGGCGAAGUUGGGAUCUUCCAGUUGUUGUCCCAAAAGAUGCUCAGCAAGGAGGGAAGAUGGGAAAAUUCCAAGGAGGAUGGAGGAAAGUUGGGAUCAAGAAAAGGUCACUCGAACCCUCAAAGGUGGAAGAACUCAUUCAGGUUUACAAAUAUUAUUUGGACCGUGGUCUUCGGGAUGAGGAUAUAGCACCAAUGAAGGAAGAAUGGUUCAUCAAGGUCCGGUCAUUGAUACCACAAACUCAUGGCAAAGCGAUAAGUCGCGCUACCUUUGAUCGCAUUUUGGCCACAUGCUUGACUGAAGUGAAGGGCGACUACAUACAGAGCAUCAAGAAGGCCGUCAUGGAGUACCUGAUGCGCGAUAGAAAGGAGAGGAGGCGGUUGCAAUUGGAUGGGUUCCACAAUCUUAUUUCAUGGACUGAGGAAAGGGUUUGCUACUUGCACGUGCCAGAAGAGUGUCUAUGCCCUGUGAGUUGGAGAGAACCCACUGCUGCUGCUGCGAGAGCCGUUAUGAAUGAACUUUCUAUGUAUCACCCAAAUGUAUUGCGAGUCCUAGCUGGAUGGUCUUCUUUCAAAAAUAUGCUGCUUGUUGAUGUUAGAAGUGACAACUUCAAUGCCAAACUCCCAUUUGCAGUGGAGGAAUUCAGGAACUGGCAGACCCAGCAGUGCAACAGGUUGACAGAGCUGCUUAAAAAAGAGUGGAUUGCGAGCUGUCAGUAUGCAAUUGCGAGUGCUUCAUGGCCACAUACAGGAGUUGUGUAUCGAGCCAUCUCAGUCCUUCGAGCGAUCAAACUCCGAGACCUUCUCACUGCCUCACUGCAAUCGUACAUGAAGUUUUUUGAGGCCUAUGAGAUCAAAGGUCCUAUAGAGAUUGAUCCACUGGGUGGGCGUCUAAUGUGGGCCACAAAACCAGUGUUCAUCGUGGACCUUGUCGUUGUUGCUGAUUCCUACAGCGCUCACGUGCUCACGGGGGAGCUGGAAGGAGCAGGCAGUCAUAGCCGAGCUGCGCUGCUGUAUGCUGGAUGGGCGCAUGGUGGUCUUUGGGUGCAUGUGGCAUCUGUGAGUUGGGGAUCGAGGUUCAUUGUCAAUUAUGAGCUUUUGCUGUGCUCUUAUCUGGUGGAACUCGUGAUGCAAUUCUGCUAUUGGUUCGAGGUCACGACUAUCUGGUCUCAUGUGUAUGAUGCUCUUUGAUUUCUGAAGUUCGCUAUCGCUCAUUUUCCUUGCACCACUCUCUCAUUCGAAAUCCCGGCUCAGGACCCAUCC